AUGUAAUUGGUUCAAAGUAAUGUUUGUGUGGCAUCAUUUGACCUUACUCAAGAGGCAAUUAAAGUUUAAAUUAAUGAAAGACAAGGUGAUAGUAAAUAAGCAAAUGUUAAAUUAUAAAUCAAUCUAACAGAAGAUUGUUUAAUCACUCAUUUAAUUUUGAAAUGGAGUGACACUUCAAUAAAAGGAUUUGCAUUUACAUCUUUAGAAUGUUUAGAUUGUUUUGAUUAAACUUAUAAUCGUCUGAUCAAUAGCAAAGAAGUUGUGAAUGCUGAAUAAUGUGGUGGUUAAUACAAGAUCGUUGGUCUUGGUUUUGGCAGAAAACUUAGACUUUGUUUCAGUGUAUGUGAACCUCCUCAAUAAUUAGAAAAUAAGUUAAAAGCUAAACUAUCAAUUUAAGUUUAUGGAUAUUAAUUAUAUUAAUCACCUGCUGCUAAUUAAAUGGUGGCCCUAUUAAACAUAAGUCAUAUCUUUAAAAAAAAUAAUCGAGAAAUUAAUUAAGCAGAAGCAGAUAUACUCUUAGGUUUAUCUCUUCUUUCUUCAAGAAGAUUUGUUUAAGCUGCUGAAAUAUUUAAGAAAGUAGCCAAUUUUUAUGCUGAAAAAGCUUAAAUUUUAGUUAAACAAAAGGAUUAUUAUAUUCUAAGGGCAAGUAGUCUAGAAAUACUAAUAGCUGAUUCAAUUAACUAGCCAUCAAUGUUAAAUGAGAAACUAUAAGCAUUAAAAUAAGCUGUCUAAUAUGUUAAUGUUCAAUAUGAUAAGACAUAGUUACUUUUUACAUUAUAAAAUACAGAUUCUUAUGAAUGCAUCCUUAGACUCUCAGAUGAUUUAAUAAAAAUUAUAAGUAGAGUACUAUUGUUAGAAGAUAAUUAAAAUUUUGAUGCUUUAAGGAUGGCUAAUAUGAGAUGCUUGGAAUUUAUGAUAGAAUAACUGGGUUGUGGUUUAGGUGGAUAGAUUAUCUAGAUUUUUAAGUUAUUUUUAAAGAUAUUGAAUUAAUAAUAAGGAUAAUUGAUAGUAGAAAUGAUAUAUAAAAUAGUCAAUAUGAUAUUAUAAGAAUUAAGCUAAGCUACUUUAAAAUUGAUAUAAGAGAUAUGGAAUCAAAUUGUUAUAUAAGGAUUAUUUGAUGUAAAUAUUGAAGGUUAAAAGUUAAUAAUGAAAAUUUGUGAAUAUUUAUUAUAAGCAGAUUAAGCUCAUUUUAGAAUUGAUAUUUUAUUCUUGAAAUAAUUAAAUUAAGUUGAAGAAUCUAAGAUAUGGAAUCUAGUAUUACAAAAUAUCAUACCAAAAUAAAAUGAAAAAAAAAUUAGUAAAAUUAUUACUUGGGUUAAUCAAUAAUUAAUAGAAUAAUUAAAUUUCACUAAUUAUAAUAAUCUUUAGCAAUCCUAAUAAUAUUAAAUAAUUAAACUAUUAUAAUUAAUAUCUAUAAUUAUUAGAUAAUAAAAAGAAGAAUCUUAAAUUCCAUUUUUUGAAGAGUUUCUUAAUAAAUAAUUAACAAAUACUAUAAAAAUUAAAUAACUUUAUACUACUGCUAAUCAAAAUUUAAUUACAUUAAAACCAAUUUUAAUAAAAUUAUUAGAUUAAACUGUUAAGGGUAAAAUUUAAUUUGAUUGUUUUGAACUUGUAUGGAAUAUCCUAAUUGAAAUUUUAAUUGAAGGGAAUGAAUAUGAUCAAAUGUAUGAACUUAUAAAUCCAUUUUUAUAGAAUAUAUUUCUUAUAUGUUAAACUACAUCUCCUGGUUAAGAUAUUUUAGUACUAUUAGAUAAAAUUUUAAAAACUAUUUAAUUUUAAUGUCCAUAAUUGAUAUCAAAAUUUGAAUCAUAAAUAUAUUCAUAUGUUGAAAUAUUUUGUUAAAGAGUACCUCAUAGUAUUCAUGAUGAGACAUUUAAGAUAUUUGAUAUUUUAAUAGCCUUUAGUUAAGAAUUUAUGGAUUAAGCAUUAAUAGAGAAAUGUGUAAUGGCAUUGAUUGAUUAAUAUACAGUUAAAGGUUAAGCUUAAAAAUAAUCAAAAUAGAAUUUUAUAAAAAUGAUUGUUUAAUAUUAAACUCAUUUUAAUUCUUUGAUAUAAGUAUGUCUUAUAGAAAAUUAGGAACCUUAAAUUUAAUCAAAUUUAAUAUCAGAAAAUAAAACUGAAUUUAGAUAAGAUAGAAUGAAAGAUAAAAAAGAAUUUAAAUCUGAUAAUAAAUAAUUAACAUAAGAAUAUGAAAUUUUCAAUGAAAAAGUUUAAUUUAUAUGUGAAUUGUUUUCAGAAAUGGGAUAAUAAUUUAAAGUUAUAGCAUAAUUGAUAUUAAAUAAUCCUGAAUUUACAUCUUCUUUAAUUAAUUUAAUACAAUCACUCAAUUCAAAAAUAAGAUAAAAAGGUCAUUUAAUACUAUAAUUAUUAGUUGAUUGUUAUAUCAAUAUUGAAACAAGUACUAGAAUCAAAAUAUUUGAAGAUAGAAUUAUUUUUGUAAAAUUUAUUAAAGAUAUCCUCACUUAUUCUCUUUAAGAUAAAACUGAUUCAAAAUGUAUAUUAAAUUCAUUACUUAUUUUGAAUAACAUUUUCAAUCUUAAAUUCUAAAAGAGUGAAUAUUCUAAAGUUUUAGAUGAAGUAUCCAAUCUAUGGAAUGAUGUAUCAGAUUUAAUAGAUACUCCUUUUAAUAGUAUAUAUGUUUUAUUUUUUGAUCUACUUAAUUAAUGGGGAUAACUUUUAAAUAAAAUACCUAAUUCAACAAAACUUAAUGAUUUUAUAGAAAAGAUUUUUGUUUGGACUUAAGAAAAAUUAGAUUGUUAGGAACCUUGGCAUUAAUAUAAUAUAUUAAAAUUUUGUGGAUAUAUUUUUGGAUUAGAUUCAGGUAAAAAUUUUAGAGUUUUUCCUUCUAUUAAUUCAUCUUUUUUUGAAUAAGCAAGUAAAUUGUAGAAUAGUUAAAAUAAGUAAUUAUAAUUAAUGUCAAUUGUUAUGAUUUAAUUGUGUACUCCUGAAUAAAUAGCAAUUAGAAUUAUUUAAUAAAUGGCAGAACAAUACAAUUAAUUAAGACAUAGAUAAAAUAAAUAAAGAGAUUAAAUUAAUAGAUAAUCAGAAAAUAUAAUUUAAUAAUUAUUUUAGAGAUAAAAUUCUGUUAAAGAUUUAAUGAUGUAAUCAGAUACUUUUGGAUCCACAUCUAUGGAUGAAUUUGAAUUAAAUCAAGAAGAUUUUUUGUGGAUUCGUAAAGUUGAUUAAGAAGUGCUUUAAUAAUGCUUAUAAACUCUAUUUAUGUAUUAAGUUUAAUAGGAAAGUAAAAUCAAACAAUCUGAUAUUUUAGAUAAGGAAAUAAGUAUGAAAUAAAGCAAUAAUUUAAAUUAAAAUACUCAUAAAAAUAUUCUUGAUGAUGAUCCAAUUGAUUUAGAUGAUUUAGGAAUUAUUGAAGUUGAUGAUGAAGAAUGGAAUGAAUAUGAUGAUCUAAGAAAAAUUCCAAUAUUGAAAGAAAGAAUUAAAACAAUCUCACCUCAUAUUGGAAGUAGAACUCCAAAUGUAGGAAAAUAAAAUUAGGAAAGAAGGUCAAGUGGUAAUAGACAAGUCUUUGAUUAAAGAAAAGGAGAGGUUGAAGAUUAAGUUUUAAAGACAUUAAGACCUCAUAAUUAAGUAUUUCGACCUUUGACUCCUCCUAUUGGAUAAUAACCAUAAUAAAAUUUUUCAUAAACUACUGAAAUUUAAAGAGAUAUGUAAUUAUUUUCUGAUUAUAUGUUAUAAAAUCCAUAAUAAUUUUAGAAAAUAAUGGAAGAAAUUAAAAUAAAUAAUAAUACAAAUACACAAUCUUAAUAAUAACAACCAAUUGCUUAAAAUGAAUAAUUGGAUGAACAGUUUGAAAAUUUAAGAAGAAGAGUUGAUGAAUUAGAGUUUGAUCCUCAAUUUUCAAAUUCAAGUUAAGAUGAUAUUACAGAUGAACCUUAGAUAAAAUCUAAUUAAUAGUAUAAUUCAAUAUAAUUUAUUUUAGACAUUAAUAAAAGAAGAAGAAAUCAAAAAAAUAACCUUCAAUGAAAAAACUAAAAUCACCUAUCUAACAUACUUUGUAUCACUCCUAAAAACAAUAAAAUUCUCAAUUAAUUUCAAAAAGUGAUGAGAAAAUUAAGAAAAAAGGGAAGCCUAAAUAAUCUUGA